CUGCUGCUGCAUGUGACCCCUUGUCCUUGUGACUUGUCCCCCCUCCCUCCCUUCACUCUUUUCACUCAUUGUACCAACGAAUGGUUCUCAACCCCCCUUACACUUUAACAGUUGGGACAAAUACUCAAACACCUACUCGGCACUACUAGAGCCUCCUUUCUCUCUCUCUCUCUCUCGAUCAGGCUAUCCAUGGCAUCUCCGGAUCUGCCCAAGCUUCUCGUCCUCAGCUUCUUCCUUGUGUUCGUUCAUUUUGGUCCGUGUGUUCGGGCUCAGCUUGAGGAGACCAGCAUGAAGCUCAUGACUGACGCGUUUGAGUGGCCGACGACAAUGUCGUCGCUGUACGACGAGGGGGAGGCGGACGACAACAUGGAUGGUGGGUCGUCCGGGCGUAGGUCUUUGUUCUGGCAUGGAGUUGUGAAGUACUACAUUUCGUACGGUGCGCUCUCGGCCAAUAGAAUCCCCUGCCCACCUCGCUCUGGGAGGUCCUACUACACCCACAACUGCUACAAGGCUAGAACCCCAGCGAACCCUUACACCAGAGGCUGCUCUAGGAUCGCUCGCUGCAGGAGAUGAGUGAGGUCGAUUUGGGUUUUUAAUGCUUUUUUGUUUGAUUUAUGUUAAUGGGUAUGUGUGAGUUUGGUUGGGUGUGGGUUGAGAGUGUUAAGCCAUCUGGGUAGUGUGAGUUUUGGGUAUUACUAUCCGUGUAAUGUAGACAAUGUGCUUAGACGCUUGCGUCUGUAUGGAAAUUUGGCCUGGUUUUUGGUAAUGGAUGGAGUUAUCUUCCUUUCA